AUUAAACUGCAAGAAGCUUAAAAACUCCGUUUCUCUAUUCGUUUUUCCUUCUUUGCAGUGAAAAUGGCAGAGCCUGCAACAGCAACACAAGCAGCAGCACCAGCAGUGGCUCUGCUGAAAGAUGAGCUCGACAUCGUUAUACCAACCAUAAGGAACUUGGACUUUCUUGAGAUGUGGAGGCCUUUCUUCCAGCCUUACCAUCUCAUCAUCGUUCAAGAUGGUGAUCCUUCCAAGACCAUCAAGGUCCCCGAGGGAUUUGACUACGAGCUUUACAACAGGAAUGACAUCAAUAGGAUCCUCGGUCCUAAGGCUUCCUGCAUUUCCUUCAAGGACUCUGCUUGCCGUUGCUUUGGUUACAUGGUCUCCAAGAAGAAGUAUAUUUUCACCAUUGAUGAUGACUGCUUUGUUGCUAAGGACCCAUCUGGCAAAGCGAUCAAUGCACUCGAGCAGCACAUUAAGAACCUUUUAUCCCCGUCCACUCCCUUCUUCUUCAACACCCUGUACGAUCCGUAUCGGGAGGGUGCGGACUUUGUCCGUGGAUACCCCUUCAGCCUCCGCGAGGGUGUUCCGACCGCUGUCUCUCAUGGCCUUUGGCUAAACAUCCCGGAUUAUGAUGCACCAACCCAACUUGUGAAGCCUCUUGAGAGGAACACUAGGUACGUGGAUGCGGUCCUAACUAUUCCAAAGGGCACCUUGUUCCCCAUGUGUGGGAUGAAUUUGGCCUUCAACCGUCAGCUGAUCGGCCAAGCCAUGUACUUUGGACUCAUGGGCGACGGGCAGCCGAUUGGACGCUACGACGAUAUGUGGGCUGGCUGGUGCACCAAGGUGAUAUGUGACCAUUUGGGAUUGGGAGUGAAAACGGGUCUGCCCUACAUCUACCACAGCAAAGCAAGCAACCCAUUUGUGAACCUAAGGAAGGAGUACAAGGGGAUAUAUUGGCAGGAAGAGAUCAUCCCUUUCUUCCAACAGGCUGCCCUUCCAAAGGACUGCACCACUGUUCAAAAGUGCUAUAUUGAACUGGCAAAGCAGGUGAAGGAAAAACUUAGCAAAGUUGAUCCUUACUUUGACAAGCUGGCUGAUGCCAUGGUCACAUGGAUUGAAGCCUGGGAUGAGCUCAACCCAACCGGAGCUGCUGUGCCAAAUGGCAAAGCAAAGUAGAAAAAAUACAACCCUUUAGCUUCAUAAAAUGAAAUAACAUUUUCAUUAUCUAUUGCAUCUUUACUUCUUUGGUGGGAUAUUAUGUAAUUUAAUUUUCUUUAUGUUAUAAAAUUACUACAAAUAAAAUGUAUUAGCAUUGCUUCCAUUCUAUAA